AUGGAGAGUUCGAACUCUAGUGACAUAGUAGAUCCUUAUCCAAGUUAUUCAUCAAACGAUGAAGAUGAAGAAGAAUUGGAAGAAAUACAAAAGGAGCAAGAUGAGAAGGAAUGGACGGCUUUAUUUCAAAUAGCAGGUAAAUUGAUUUUGAUGUAUUACGAAAAAUACCUAUACAAGGAACCUUGUCGUACAUCUAGUCGCUCUGGAAAUGUAUUUAUUCAAGAGAUAUUAAGAGGAAACGAGACUCGUUUUUAUGAAAAUUUUCGAUUGAGGAAGUCGGUGUUUGUUGAUCUAUCGAAUGACUUAACUGAAAAGUAUGGGCUUAAACCCACACGUGGAAUGUCUAUACACGAGAUGUUAGGCAUGUUCUUGAUAACUUGUGUACAUGGAGCUGGAAAUCGAUUGAUACAGGAAAUCUUUCAACAUUCGGGAGAAACAAUUCAUAUACACUUUCAUAGUAUUUUAAAGGCUAUUUGUGAGAUUGCAAGAGAUAUAAUUAGACCACAUCAAAAUUAUAAUGAUGGUGCAGGAGCUCACAAGCCAUGUAAUGGUCGAUAUCUCCCUUUCUUUAGAGAUUGUAUUGGAGCACUUGAUGGCACACAUGUUAAAGCAAGAUUACCGCAAGGAGCAGCUCACGAUAGUCGUAUAUUUGGUGAGGCCCUUCGUAGACCGGAACUCAACUUUCCACAUCCAAUUGGAAAUAAGAAUUAUCUAGUUGAUGCAGGAUAUCCGCACAUGAAGGGAUAUAUGGCUCCAUACAAAGGAGAUAAUCUGAGAUAUCACCUAGCAAAAUUCCGCCGCGGUGCAACAAGACAAUUGCGAGAACCAAGAGAGCGAAUUGAAAAAUUUAACUAUUUGCAUUCUUCUUGUAGAAAUAUUGUAGAGCGCACAUUUGGGGUUUGGAAAGCAAGAUGGUCUAUUUUGCGAGAUAUGGCUUUCUAUCACAUUGACACUCAAAGAAGCAUCGUACUUGAUACUAUGGCCAUUCAUAACUAUAUUAGAAAGAAAUGUAAUAUGGAUGAUGCAUUCCGAGCAACUGAGAAUGGGAGAUAUGUUCCAUCUAUUGAUCCUGAUAUUGGUACAUCUUUGAGAGCUAAUAACAAUAUAAAUACGAAAAAUAUGGAAGAGCAAAGUGAUCUUGUUUGGAUGGGCCUUCACGAUUUGAUUGCUAAUGAAAUUUGUGAAGCUUGA